AAGGCGCCGUCGACGCCGCGCGACCUCGAGGCGGCGGCGGCGUCCCGCGCGGCCGAGACGCCGACGGCAAACGGCGACGAGAUGGACGUCGACGAGGACGAGGGCGGCGCCGGCGGCGCGCCGGCGGACAGGGCCCGCAAGGAGGACGGGUUCAGCCGCGAGGCCGAGAUCGAGAAGCUGCGCACGGGCGGGUCGAUGACGCAGAACCCGGCGGAGCUGGCGCGGAUCCGCAACAUCUCCAAGGUGCAGUUCGGGCAGUGGGACCUGUUCCCGUGGUACUUCUCGCCGUACCCGGAGGCGUUCACGCAGGAGGACCUGAUCUUCAUCUGCGAGUUCUGCCUCAGCUACUACGGCGACGCCAAGUCGUUCGCGCGCCACCGGCAGAAGUGCACGCUGCAGCACCCACCCGGCAACGAGAUCUACCGCGACGACUACGUCUCCUUCUUCGAGAUCGACGGCCGCCGCCAGCGCACCUGGUGCCGCAACCUCUGCCUGCUCUCCAAGAUGUUCCUCGACCACAAGACGCUCUACUACGACGUCGACCCGUUCCUCUUCUACGUCAUGACCCAGAAGGACGACAAGGGCCACCACCUCGUCGGCUACUUCUCCAAGGAGAAGGAGAGCGCCGACGGCUACAACGUCGCCUGCAUCCUGACCCUGCCGCAGUACCAGCGCCGCGGCUUCGGCCGCCUGCUCAUCCAGUUCUCCUACGAGCUGUCCAAGAUCGAGGGCAAGCUCGGCUCGCCCGAGAAGCCGCUGUCCGACCUCGGCCUGCUCAGCUACCGCCAGUACUGGUCCGAGAACAUCGUCGAGCUCCUGCUCGACUGCAACGCCCGCGACGAGAAGUCCAGCAUCGAGUCCAUCUCCGCCGCCCUCGCCAUGACCACCCAGGACGUCGAGCACACCCUGCAGGCCCUCCGCAUGCAGGUCUACCACAAGGGCGAGCACAAGCUCGUCGUGCCCGACGCGCUCAUCCGCCAGCGCGACCGCGCCCGCCAGAAGAAGCGCCGCUCCAUCGCCCCCGAGCGCAUCCAGUGGAAGCCCCCCGUCUUCACCGCCUCCUCGCGCACCUGGGGGUGGUAGGCCGUCGCCGCCAUCCCCCCCCCCCC